CAGCUUGCAGUCACACAGCCGCGUCGUGGCGGGCGCCCACGUGGCGGCCGCACCAACCCUCAGGGAGGGGGUGGAGGUGGCGGUUGUGGGGGCAGCGGAGCCGGCGGCGGUGGUGGCGGGGUCGAGGGUGGCAGCAGUGGUGGUGGUGGAGGCAGUGGUGGCUCAUCUGGUAGCCGUGCGCCGCCUUACCACUGCUGCAGCCGUAGCAGCAGCAGCAGAAGCAGCAGCAGCACCAGAAGGAGCAGCAGACUCAGCAGCAGCAGCAGCAGCAGUAGCAGCAGCAGCAGCAGCAGCUGAAGGAGCAGCAGCAGCAGCAGCAGCUGAAGGAGCAGCAGCAGCAGCAGCAGCAACAGCGGCAGCAGCAGCAGUGGCAGCAGCAGCAGCGGCAGCAGCAGCAACAGCAACAGCAGCAGCAGCAGAAGGAGCAGCAGCAGCAGCAGCAGCAGCAGCAGCAGCAGCAGCAGCAGCAGCAGCACCGCGUCGUGGCGGGCGCCCACGUGGCGGCCGCACCAACCCUCAGGGAGGGGGUGGAGGUGGCGGUUGUGGGGGCAGCGGAGCCGGCGGCGGUGGUGGCGGGGUCGAGGGUGGCAGCAGUGGUGGUGGUGGAGGCAGUGGUGGCUCAUCUGGUAGCCGUGGUGACAUUUACGACCCAGCUGUCCCUGACUCCCCUGCUCACUCUGCCUCAUCGCACGAGCAGCAGCAGCAGCAGCAGCAGCAGCAGCAGCAGCAGCAGCAGCAGCAGCAGCAGCAGCAGCAGCAGCAGCAGCAGCAGCAGCAGCAGCAGCAGCAGCAGCAGAAGGAGCAGCAGCAGCAGCAGCAACAGCAGCAGCAGCAGGUGCAGCAGCAGCAGCAGGUGCAGCAGCAGCAGCAGGUGCAGCAGCAGCAGUGGAUGGAGCAGCAGCAGCAGCAGCAGCAGCAGCAGGAGGUGCAGCAGCGGAUGGAGCAGCAGCAGCAGCAGCAGGAGCAACGCAGGCAGUGCAGCAACAGCAGCCGCAGCAGGAGGUGCAGCAGCAGCACCAGCAGCAGCCACAGCAGCAGCAGCAGCAGCCACUGCAGCAACCUCAUCGGCAUCGCCGCACCACCUCUCCACUUGGCUUACCCGCUAGCAGCAGCAGCACCAAAAGGAGCAGCAGACGCAGCAGCAGCAGCAGAAGGAGCAGGAGACGCAGCAGCAGUAGCGGCAGCAGCAGCAACAGCAGCACCAGCAGCAGCAGCAGCAGCAGCAGCAGCAGCAGCAGCAGCAGCAACAGCAGCAGCAGCAGCAGCAGCAGCAGCAGGGGCAGCAGCAGCAGCAGCAGGGGCAGCAGCAGCAGCAGCAGGGGCAGCAGCAGCAGCAGCAGCAGCAGCAGCAGCAGCAGCAGCAGCAGCAGCAGCAGCAGCAGCAGCAGUAGGAGCAGCAGCAGUAGCUACAGCCAUCCCCAUUCUCCCCUCCCCUUUGAGCCGCCGCGGCUUGCAGUCGCACAGCCGCGUCGUGGCGGGCACCCACGUGGCGGCCGCACCAACCCUCAGGGAGGGGGUGGAGGUGGUGGUUGUGGGGGCAACGGAGCCAGCGGCGGUGGUGGCGGGAUCGAGGGUGGCAGCAGUGGUGGUGGUGGAGGCAGUGGUGGCUCAUCUGGUAGCCGUGAUUACCCAAGGAGGACGGUUAUUCUUUGGGUCCGCUCGGUCCCUACAAAUUUCUUGACACUGGUUAUAUGCGGUCGGUCUCCUAUCCCAAUCCGCCUGUGGCUAGGUGGCCCUCCCUCGUUGCGAGGCGGCGUCAUUGACCCCUGGGUUGGGGAGGGUAGGAUUCAGGCCCAUUGGAACCAGGGAAAAAGAGGAGGACCCAGUCGGAGAACUCCCCGCAAGGGGUCUGAACCGAAUGGGUGCUCGACCACUGCCAUAAAGAAGUUGAUGUCGG